UUGUAACCGGACACGCUCGAAACGAAGCUGGGCCCGAGCUGUUAACUGUACAGGAGCAGCGGCAGGAGUGAAACGGUUAGCUGGAAGAAGUGCAAGGAAGACGGAACGAUGGGGUCCAACGAAAAGGGCUCAUACAGUGCUCUGCCUGAUUCUAGUGCGAUGGCAGGGAAAGAGGCUCCUCCGUAUGAGAUAACGGAGCCGUCAGUGGACCCACCACCCCGACCAACAUGGAAAGGAGCUAAAAUCAAGGAUAAGAGUGUGUGGUUUAAGGCUGAAUGCGGACCUAUUAAACUGAAGUUAAAUCCUAUUGUUACCAUUUCUAGCAUUCUUGUUAUCAUCGCUUUUAUUCUGUGGUGUAUCUUAGAACGAGAUCAUGCCCUGGAUUCGUUCGGAUCAGCUAAGACCUGGAUCACCCGUACCUUUACUUGGCUCUAUGUUGGCUCUCAGGAUGUUUGGGCGGUGGUUAUCAUUGCCAUAUACUUCAGCAAGUAUGGGCAACUUAAGCUAGGACAAGACGACGAGAAACCAGAGUACAACGACGGCACGUGGUUUGCUAUGUUGUUUGCUUGCGGAGUUGGUGUCGGUCUCUUCUUCUUUGGAGUAGCAGAACCUCUUUGGCAUUAUAUCGGACCCAACCGUUACACCAGCGAUAAAUACAUGCCGGACAACGAGGUGGCGCAGUGGGCCAUGAAUGUCACAUUCUUCCAUUGGGGUAUCCACGGCUGGAUCGUGUAUGUCAUGAUUGGAAUUAUUCUAGGAUUCCUGACUUUCAGAAAGGGAAUGCCGAUGACGAUGAAGUCGUGUUUUUACCCACUGAUUGGUGAUAGAAUUUACGGGUGGAUGGGUGAUAUUAUUGAUAUUUUCUCUAUCCUGACCACCCUUUUCGGAGUGUGCACAUCUUUGGGGCUCGGCACUAUGCAGGUCAACAAAGGAUUGAACUUCCUGAAUGAGGACAUUGAGGUGAACACUCAAAACCAGGUCAUCAUCAUUUGGGCGAUCACUCUCGUGGCAACCACGUCCGUCAUUACUGGAGUAGGAGUGGGUAUCAGACGACUCUCGGAGAUCUGCUUUGGUAUUGGCAUGGUCAUCAUGUUGUUGGUGCUCUUCCUUGAGGAUACAUGGUACAUACUAAACUUGUAUUGUCAAAGUAUUGGAUUCUACAUUCAAUGGAUAAUGCAGCUAGGCUUCCACUGUGAUGCAUUUGAACUGAGCACCAAAUCGUUUGGUGCUGCUGAUAGAGGUAGAGUGUAUGCUGACGGAGAGGGUGAUGGACCUGAAGGAUGGAUGGACGGUUGGACUAUCUUCUACUGGGGAUGGUGGAUCUCAUGGUCACCAUUCGUUGGAAUGUUCAUUGCUAAAAUAUCUCGGGGCAGGACGAUCAGACAAUUCAUCAACGGAACACUGACCGCUCCCAUGAUUUACACCUUCAUGUGGCUGACCAUAUUCGGGGGAGCAGCCAUCAAGACAGAGCGGCUAGCAGCAGCAGAGGGACUUUGCUGCCCUAAAUUUAAUAGCACUGUUUUGGCGUGGAAUAGUGCUAAUUUUACAGAUGCUGGGUGGGACAUGAACUUAAACGGAGUACAGUUAUCAAAAAGUAAUUUGAAGUUAUGUAAAGGAACAGAAGAUGCGUCUAUAGCGUGUGGAGAUUGUGAGUGGAAAUUGAUGAAGACAUUCAUAGAUUCUCAUGAAACAAGUUCGGCUACAGUCAUUGAAGUGGUGGGUUACGUUAACGAUAACGAGAGAUGGCUCGGAAAGUACAAAUCAAGAGACGACAAGAGUCACGCUAGGCUGUCGUGUAUGGCAAGUGAGGAGAUGUGGUUUGCAACGGUGUCCACCUACGGUGACAUGGGACCUUUCCUCUGCGUAAUUUCUCUCGCUGGCAUCAUUCUUUACUUUGUAACUAGUUCUGAUUCAGGUAGUUUAGUUAUAGACAUUAUGUCCGCGAAUGGAGACCAGGACCCACCUAUCCCACAGCGUGUAUUCUGGGCAGUGGUUGAGGGUGCAACUGCUACUGCUCUGCUUGUUGCUGGGGGAUCUGACGCUCUCAAGGCUCUACAGACCGCUAGUGUUGCAGCAGGUCUUCCUUACACGAUCAUCCUAUGUUUCGUUACCGUUGCGUUAUGGAGAGCGCUUGCUAUGGAGUGCGGUGACCUCAACCCAUACGGUCCCGAUUUUGCUGUGUCUCUAGUUGAUCCUUUCUCUACAUUACGACCCAGACUUUGGUUGGGAUUCAUCAAGAACUUGUUCAUUGCACCAAUGACCUUGUACGAUGUCCUCAAAGCCCACAAGAAGAGCGCCCUUGGACCUGCCAUUAUGGCAGCAGUAUGUUGGGUAGCCUGGAUCGCUCUCAUAAUAGCGGAGAUUGUGUACCAAUUCGACAAAUCGUUGAAGCUCGAAGGAAUAUACGCUUUAGCAUGGGUGUUCUAUCUAGGAUUUGUUACUCUCCUCACUGUUGCAAGAGCCAACAUUCGCAGCCAUUAUGGCAUCAAUGGAAACCCCAUCGAGGAUUUCUUCGCAGCAAUGUUCGUGUACCCAUGUGUACUGAUUCAGCUGGAGACAGUAAGUGAUAAGAACGGGCUGGCUCCCCUCAUGCCGGACAGCGCUUCCAAGGAACCUGGCUACUCGGACGUGAUGCAUAACAAAAAUCACGAGACCUAUGCUUAGAGUAUAUCGAGAUAAAGUUCAACUUCUCUUCGAUGUACUUCCUAUAAUUGGAGUCCGGAGAGAGAGAUUAAGUGGAAUGUAAGAUGAUACGAAUGACCUUUACCCUCCGAUAAGAUUUAUCUUUCUUUUUUAUGGCAGUCACGAAUUUGAUGAGAUAACUGUCCACUUAUGAACGUUCGUAAUAUUUUUAAUGAUAUAUUGAUGAUAAUAAUAUUAAUAAUUGUUUCAACCCCUGAUAAUAAUCUGAACCUUAAGGCAAAUAAAUUUGGUUCACAAUAAAUUUAGUUCACAAUAAAUUUAGUUCACAAUAAAUUUAGUUACCAACAUUUUGGUUAAGCCAUGUAAGCUCAAUGCAAUGUAAGCGCAGUAUAACUAUAAGCGCAGUGUAAGCUCAAUAAUAUUCAUGUUAUACAUGCUCUACUGAAAUUUUGGUCUGCUUUCAAAUUAGUCGCCGAAAAAUGUUGUCUCAAUAAAUUUGGUUUACAACAAUUUAAGUCUAAAUUUUGACUAAAUUUAUGGUAGACAACAUUUUUCUAAUGGUAUUACAGCUACAGUUAAACGCAUUCUAUUGAAACCAAUACCAUCUAGGAUGUUAAUUUUAGUAAGCAUAUCAGUCGAUAAGACAACUUGCUCUGGAUUCAGCAGCACAAAUUGUAUAUCAACCGUGUGAUCCACAUUUAUUGCUCACAAUUAUAUUAUUAAGUGAUUGUAUAAUUGCAAUGUUAACUUUAAGGCUUGAAUCUUAGAAACUGAUUUAUAGUAGGAGUAUGAUGAAUGGAAUGUUUAUAUAGAAUGAAUGAAUUAGUAUUGUUUAUGGACUGAAUGAAUUAAGAUCGAAUUACAGCUUCUUUUAAA